AGACAGGCAACACCAACAAAAGUGGAGACUGAAAAUGAAAGUAAAAGAAAAGUACCAGCUCGCACUCGAAGAUCAACCAAUCAAAGUGAAGUUCGUAAUAUCAAAACAAAGAAGGAGGAGCCUGAAAAUGCAUCUGAAGAGCAUUUCGAGGAACGAAAGCAGUGCAAGAAUCGUCGUGCAACACCAGUACAUCAUCCACCGCGAAGAAGGACAAAUGAGCUAGAGUUGCUUUUAAGUAGUGGAAAACAUGACAAAUCAAAAGAUAAAGAGAAGGAGAAGGAGAGAGAAAAGGAGCUGGCGGUCCUGAAUACACCGACCGUAAGCAUGCGCAUGUUACCCGCCUCUGAAGACUCACCAGAAGAUCGGUGCCUAUACUGUCAAGUUUCCUUCAAAGAGAAGGAACGCUCAGUGUCUACUCCACAGUACUGUUCGACAAAAUGUCGUCGUUCAUAUCAGUCAAUGAUGGCAACCGAAACAAUGAAACGAAUCUCCGGUGGUUCGGAAGUACGACCGAAAUUCGAAGAGGAAGUCACACCUCCAUCAUCGUCUAAGGGAAGCAAAAGCGAAGAUUCUUCUCAUUCCAAAAAACCAUUUAGUGCAUUUAUUGAUGCUUCCCGAACUGCAACACCAGGUCCACCACGCGGAGUUGUUUCUCCAACGGCUGUGCAGCCUACCACUAUUCGCGCUUCGAUGUCAUCUCCAUCAACGAACGACCACUCUCCAAUUCUGGAGCAUGCUGUAGGUGUUGUGACUCCAGUGACUGCAUCGUAUGGCCCCCUCAGUGUCCCUGGAGUUGACUACGACAUCGAUCCGAAACUUUGGCCGCCUGAUGUAGCAGCCCGCUGGGCACAAGCUGUGACGGGAUCGGAAACGUGUGCAGCCACAUUCCGACGCGAAGAAGUAGACGGUGAUGCUAUGCUGAUGAUGGGUUUUGACGACUUACGCAGCCAUCUUGCGUUCACUUUUGGCCCUGCCAAGAAGUUACAGCUUGCCAUUGAGCAAUUAAAGGUUUUUCGCGAACAAAUGUAUGGCAGGCCAUGA